AUGAACGAGUUCGCCCGCUUCUCCAAGCGAGCCGUUGACUACAUCUUCGACCGGCCCGUCAGGAACGAGGACUCGUCGCCGAUAUGGUGCCUUGGGCGAUCCUACGAGUCUGGCUAUGAAGCAUCAAGACCACCUACUGCCUCUGGCACCUCGCCAUCAUCACAAUCCGAUGCAUCACAUGCCGACUCGGCGAUAGUCACACAAUCCUCAACAUUACCAGCGUCGACCAAGGCAGAAGAGCAGGGAGAGGCCAACGAUGAAGAGCUGGUCAAAAGCUUCGAUCAGGUGCAGCUAUCAAAGUCUAUGGAUGAGGAAGAUCUAGGAUGGCCUUCAGAGUUCCUUGAAGACGUCGAGUCGAGGAUCUGGUUGACAUAUCGGAACAACUUCCCACCUAUACCCAAGUCGAGCGAAGCAGCUGCCACUUCGGCUAUGUCAUUCACGACGAAGCUACGGAACUUCGCCAACAAAGACGGCUUUACCUCAGACACCGGCUGGGGUUGCAUGAUCAGAAGUGGACAAUCCUUGCUUGCGAACGCGAUACUGGUACAGAGGCUGGGUAGAAACUGGAGGAGAGGAGACCACGAACGGCAGUACAAGGACAUCCUAUCUCUCUUUGCGGACACUCCAGAGUCUCCACUGUCGAUACACAAGUUCGUGGAGCACGGAGCUCAAGCUUGUGGGACCUAUCCCGGGGAGUGGUUCGGCCCAAACGCGACUGCUAGAUGCAUACGUGCGCUUACAGAGAAGUACCACGAAGCCGGCCUCCAAGUCUACGCCCGACCGAAUGACAGCGACGUCUACGUUGACUCCCUCAUGCAGACCGCAACACAGAAAGACGCAGACGACAACUUCCAGCCCACCUUAAUCGUUCUCGGAAUCCGCCUUGGAAUCGAGAAAGUCACACCCGCCUAUCACGCCGCCCUCAAGGCAGCUCUCGAACUCCCUCAAAGCGUCGGGAUCGCAGGCGGCAGACCCAGCAGCAGCCACUACUUCAUCGGCCACCAAGGCGACAACUUCUUCUACCUCGACCCGCACUACACCAGAACCAUGCUAUCACCCCAGCCCUCCACAGAAGAUAUCGAAACCUGCCACACUAGACGUGUCCGAAGGCUGAGCAUCGCAGAAAUGGACCCCUCCAUGCUCCUCGGAUUCCUGGUCAGAUCGAAAGAGGAGUUCGAAGAAUGGAGGAAAGCAGUUUCCGAGAUGCCUGGAAAGGCGAUUAUUCAUAUCCACGAGACAGAGCCAAAGUAUGCGACCGGGAACGAGCGCGCUGGAGCCGUAGAUGAGGUCGAGACGCUGGAAGAAUCGUUGGAUGAGGAUGAUUUGUGA